GCGAUGGUGUGUGGAUGUGCGCCUUUGGUCAGAUAAAGGGUUAUAGAAGCCCAUGUCGCAGAUUUUUAAAUAGUUGUUAGGGUGAGUUUGUCUCACCAUGGAGGACCGGACAAGUUGCCGGCAGACAAAUGGCGUGAAGCCUCCACAGAAUGAAAAUAUUGCUAGAGGCCGUGGCAAUGGAGAUAUUAGAACACCACUGAUACAAAACAGAAGAGACUUUGAGGGCAAUGCUCAUCGAGGUGCAGGGAGAGGUGGUCCACACAUAAACAGGAUCUACCCUGGGCAAAACAUGAACCGGUAUCAACAGCAAGGAUCAAGUCCUUACUACAACCAAAAUGCUGGCAUCUUUGGUGCAGCCCCACCAUUCAACCAUCACUACCAAAUGGGGUACAACCACCAGGCACCUACCCAUUAUAGUCAUCAUGGACCCCCACAGUACAACCACCAUGGCCCUCAGCAGCAGUACAACCAACAGAGGCAGUGGCGUCAACAGGGCAACGGCGGAGGUGGUGGUGGGCCCUGGGGGGUGGAUGACAGGGUUCACAAUCCUUGCUACAACAUCGAUCCUGAAAUGCAAGACCUCUUGGAUGGCGAGAACAUAUCCUUUUUGAAGAGGAAAUCAGUGCGGUUCCCGAACGCCUUAUUUUUCUGCCGUCUGUGUGAGUUCCACAUGGAUGACCUCAAGAGCUGCAUCUCCCACGUCCAAAACCUGCGCCACCAGAGGCUUGCUACGGAAAUGGAUUUCAAUAAAUUUCUGAAGACUCUGCCUAUGGCAUCAGAUGCCAUGGCUGAGGCUGUGGGAGAUCUCAUCCUGCGCACAUCAGAAGAAGUCGGUCUGUCUCCUGACGACGUCCGUGAGAGAGAAGACGCCGUUGCUGAACUCCAGGCGAAGCUUAGCGAGGCCAUGCCUGGUGCACAUUUAGAGAUAACAGGCUCGAUGUACUCUGGCCUAGCACUGAACACGAGUGACGUCAACGUAAGCCUGGUCUUGCCAGAGAAUGUGUCGCAUUGUGAGCCUCUCAUGGAACUCCUGCGAAUUAUUAACGAGACUCCCACCUACACUGAUGUGGUGAAUGACCUGCGGUCGUCUACCUUCCCCUGCCUGUCGUAUCGCUCCGAGAAGCACGGCGGAUGUCGCGUUGUUAUAGGCGUGGGGUCUGCCUCGGUGAGGGCGAUGGGCCGCCUCAUGGCCACCUACGCGGCGCUCGACAAACGCUUCCUGCACAUCGCUAGAGCUCUGCUGCUCUGGGCUAAAAUGUGUGGAGUUUGUGAUCAGAAGAAGGGCAGCCUGCCAUCUAUCGCAUAUGUGGUUUUGGUGGUGAACUUCUUGCAGCAAACACAGCCUCCCGUGUUGCCGGUGCUGUCUGUACUCUGCCCUUCUGGAAAACCUGAAGAUUUUCCGCUGCCCAAGGACGUCAAAACGAAUUUUGUGUCCAAAAACUUUCAGUCCAUAGGUGAACUCUGGCUGGAUAUGGUCCGGUACUUCGGAUACAUUUUUCAAUUCAACUCGCAUAAUGUCAGCAUAACGACCACCAAGCCUUCUCCGCGUCUAGAAAAGAACGCCAAAAAAAUGAGCAUUUUGGAUCCUUUCAAUUCGAAGAAAAUACUCUCGCGGUCGCUUAGUAACUCUGCCGUGUCCGAAUACAUCGUAGACAAACUGUUCAAAGUGCUCUGUCGGUAUUUCUGUGUACCACAACUGUCUUAUGGACAGCUCUUUUUCUCUCUCACUGUCAAUGACAGUAUACUGAAGGAAAAAAGGCGCAAUUGUGACCGGCAAAAGUUAAGCAGUGACAGUGACAAGAACACUGAGUCCGAGACUGAGAAUAACAAAAAUAUCUCUGACUAUGACCUGGCCAUGGAUCGACUGGAAGACCUGAAACUAAGCGACUCGGAAUGCGAGAAACUGACUCACGGAAUUUCUUCAGCUGAUGAUCUGUCGCACACUUUUGACUCAAUGACAUGUGGCGAAGCUUUACGCUGCAUCAAACUUUUAAAGCCUUGUCACUUGAAGUAUGCAUUCAAUCAAGAAACAUUCACUGAAGGAGAAUCCGUGCCUAUCUAUUGCUCGCUCUGCCAAAAAGAAGGCCACAUCCGAGAUGACUGUGAAGAAGAAAAACUUCCCGAACUGCUACCGUUGCCAGAUAUUGAUGCAGAGCAAGAUAAACUUCUCACCAAUUUACUGCGUCGACUGUUGCAUGAACUAGAACCAUCACCUGAAGAGGUCGAAAAACGUGAGAAACUUGUAGAAAAACUACAGCACUUCGUAAGCAAGGAGUACAAGUACAAAGAUGCGGUGCUUCAACUUUUUGGCUCUUCAGCCAACGGAUUUGGUUUCCGUAACUCUGACUUGGACAUCUGCAUAACAUUCGAAGAUGAACGCCACAAAGACGCCAUUGAUCACAAUUUCCUGAUACAAGAUCUGUGUCGAAUACUACGAACGUCAGGACAAUUCUUGAACGUGCAUUCGAUCCCUCAAGCAAAGGUGCCGAUUGUGAAGUUCCGCUGUGCCAUGACCGGCCUGGACGGAGACUUGUCUCUGUACAACACCCUGGCUCUGCGCAACACGCGCCUACUCAACAUCUAUUCACAGAUCGACCCUAGAGUCAAGAUGCUCGGCUAUGGACUCAAGUACUUCGCUAAGAAGUGCGACAUCUGCGACGCGUCACGCGGGAGCCUUUCUUCGUACGCCUUCUCUCUGAUGCUCCUUCACUUCCUGCAGCACACGCAACCUCCUGUCUUGCCCGUCCUGCAGGAGCUCUAUGACCCCGAUGAAGGCAAGCCUACUCCUGUGAUGGUCGAAGGCUGGGACACGUGGUUCUUUUCUGACCUGGACAGACUACGUGAUGUUUGGCCGGGACUUGGCGCGAACAAGUGCAGCGCGGGACAGCUGUGGCUUCAGAUGUUCUGCUACUACACGGAGAUCUUCAACUUUGACGACUGCGUAAUCACCAUCAGGCAGUUUGCGCCGCUAACGCGGCUUAAGAAACUUUGGAAUACGCGCAGUAUUGCCAUUGAAGAUCCCUUCAAUCUCAACCACAAUCUGGGGGGCGCUUUGUCUGCCAAAAUGAACACGUUCAUCCGCAAGGCCUUCAUCAACGGUCGUCAUCUCUACGGAGGCCUUUUAGACGUGGUCGAUCCUAAGGACGACCCUGCGCUGUCUUUGUUUGACCCGAAAAUCCUGACCUGCGGCGAUCCGCCCAACGACCGAGGAUGUCGCCGCUGUGGUAAAAUUGGCCACAUCGUCAAGAACUGCACCGGCCGACGCGACGCUGACUCGGCAGGUGGCAAGAAAAAUCGCGGCGCCAAGGGGAAAACCGACGGCGGGCGUAAAGACGUUCCUUCCGAUGGCGGGGCAGCAGCUUCUGGUCCUGUCAAGAAGCGGGACGACAAGUGCUUCAUCGGGGAGCUAGGCAUGCGAAAAAUCUACAACGCGUGCCCGCCAGACGUCAAAUGUGACACGAGCUGUUCAGGUCAAGAAGGUAGGGAGAAGAGGUCUCCUGCUGAUCCUACAGCUGUCCAGCAAGUUGCUACCUGCAUGUCCAGAAUGCUGGACCAACAAGAAGGUCCAGCCAGUUCCUCCUGGAGGUUUUCGCGUGGGGCUGACCACAAACUUGAGGAAAAAUCCAUGAGACUUUCUACCCAUAAUGAGGCAAGUUUGGUCCUUACCGAGGAAAAACGACAAGAGAACCCUUUUAGCAUGAAAAUACCGGGUCAAGCUGAUGAUAAACAGUCUUCUUCAACUUCUGAAAGUGCGCAAGAUUCAGAAAAUGAUGGUUAUACAUUCGGUACAGCCAUAAACGUGCUCCAGCUCUUCAGCAUAGCAAAUGAGUGUGGAGGAACUUUGAGCUGCUCAUCUAGCAAUUCUCCAGUCAUGGAAAAGGCUGUUCACUUGACAUCUUUGGAGGCUGGUAAUUUUAAUAAUUCUUCCGAGGAUACAGCGUUAAUUGAACAUGAAGUAAGUCGUGGACAGAAUCCAGGUUCAAGUGAAUGUAAACAACCAGUACGGCAAUCACAGCGUUCUACGGCAACGGGUUCGGCUUCCGAUGAUAUCGGUGAAGGUACUCUUCCUCACGUCUCGCUCGACCUUGUCCUUCAUGGAAUGGAGGAGUCGCAACGAGCUCUUGAUGUUGACCGCGAAGAAUCUUACUUCUCGAAUAGAGAACCUGUCGCUCCACUCACUGAGCCGAGUUCUAAAGAAUAUUCACCAUCUACCGAGUCGACUAGUGUUCUUCCCUUAUCUAGCUUACACAGACCAAAUGCUCCCAAGUCACACCCAACACCAAAAGUUGAUCCCGACAUGACACGUCUAACAUCAACAUCGCAGACGCAGGAUUCCCAAGCGAUGUUCACCACAGAUAAGUUCUCCAUGCCUCUUGAUCAACAGAAAUAUCCUAGUGCAGCUGCGAGCUAUGAUAGAUCGGCAUUUGGUGCGGUUGGGGUAGGCAGCUUGACGUUUGCCAGAGAAGCUCUUGUGCCGAGUUCCGGUGCCAUAGGUCCGCCUCCUGGCUUUACAGCUCUCCAGCGAACGCCGAAAAUCAUGCCCUCAUACGACGUAGCUGCCACGGAGGCGAGUGCUUGUGUGGAGAACAGUGAGGCUUUUGGCAGCAGUGGCGACGUGAAGGUGAACGCACCCAGCGAAGGCGAGGGGGUAUCCACCUUGACGGCUUUCUCUGCAACUUCCUCGUAUGACUUAGUGUCGCAACCAUCUGUCAUUCAGCCGACACUACCAUUUCAUCCGGCGCCUCCUGGGACGCCUCUGAGUUCGGUUGGAGCUUUCGGCUCUUCAGGACCUUUCGCGUCCUCUGGAUCCCCAUCCUCUCUUGGGACUCAUGGCGCCUCAGGAUCUCUGGUGUCAUCUGGGCCAUUAUUCGGUGUCAGCGCAACUUACGGCAAUUCUGGGGCUUUUGGAUCAUCCGGAAUGUUCAAUUCCUCUGGGGCCUUCGGUUCACCAGGCCCUGUUGGCUCAUCUGCAACUAUGAGCUCAUCUGGCGGACGGGCAACGAGUACUUCGCCUCCUGCUUUACAGCAGCAGCAAUUUUUACACUUGUACCCACCAUUCAUGCAAAAUCAGCAACAGAUAUCCACUAGCGUGCCAUCUGCAGGUUACCCUAACGUGGCCAUGACACAGCAAAUGUUACUGCAACGCCCUGCUGUUUCUGGCGCUGAAUUCGAGUCGCAGAUUCAGCAACAACUGCAUAGCUUUUCGCUUCAGCAGUACCAACAGUUCAUGGCCCCAGGGUUGGCUCGUAGCACUCAGUCUCAAAUAAUAAGUUCUGCGCCACCAAAUCCCAUUUACUUACCAGCGUCUUCUCUGGCCCAUUCAAACACGCAUCAGCAACAACUGAUGAACAGCACACAGUUAGGUGGGCCGCCAACUUACUUGAGUUCUGGUGUCCAGUUUAUUGGUAACCCUCAGCAUCAAUACAUGAAUUCAUUCCAGCAUCUGAACUGCUCUCAAAAUAGCAAUGGAUCCCCACCUGUGACCUUCGUGAAUACCGGUCAGUACUUGCCAACGCCUCCCGCUUCUCAACCCUUCGUCACCCAGUCAUCCCAAACGCCCAAUGUAUUCUCGCAACAAAUGAGCAGUGCGGCGCCGCUUGAUCUCGAAUCAUCCGCUGGACAAGCGCCCUCGAACCCUGUUUUUGUGCCCUUCAUUCAUGCAUAUCCAGUACAGCAACUUACCCAGCCUCAGCAGAAGAUUCAGUUGAGCAACAAAAGCAUGCAUGGACCACCAGCAAACCUGUACUUAAUGCCGCACUUGAGUAGCCAAGGUCCGGUGUUCUAUGGACGACAAGAAGACGGUACCUCUUCCGUCUCGCACGGAGGACCGCAGUCGUCCUAGCGCCUUUAGUGGUCUAGCUUCUAGUGAUUAAGAUUUGUUUUGAUUUAUUUUCAUUCCUGAAAUCCAUUCAACGUAAUGUACAAAUUUUCUGUAAAAACGAAGUCUUCAUUUCGCAUCUGAGCAUUUGUUUGCUUUGGCAGAUAACUGUUGACCUUUGGUAACAUGAGAAUUUCGCGUAUUUUUGAUGGAAUUUCGCAAACUUAAAUGGACUGUACAUAUUUCUCUAUGAGAACGUUUUUUUUAUGGAUGACUACAAAUGAACUAAAGGUUGUGCUUCUUGCUUGACAAAUUCCAUAUAAUUUCCCCAGGAUUCUACGCACCACAGGAAAUUUUGCAUUCAAGUUAUUCCGCUACUGGAAAUGUGAGCAUGUCAAUAAUGAAUGUAUUCUGUUCAAAAGGUCUAGCUAAGUGGCAUUUUUCUCGGUCCUCUUUUUAAAUUAAUUUCAUGUAUUUGCUGUCCGUUUACAAGCAAAGGAGCAAUAAUGCUUUUUAGAAAUUGGUUGUUAAUUAGUUAAUGUUUCUUAAUUCGAAGAAUCAACCAAACCAUGCUUCUUUUGUUAUAUUUAGACAUGCUAUUUUGUAUCACAAGCUCUGUUGGGUGUGUUUUUUACUAUUUAAAUUUAUUUCGGGAACUACAUGCUGGUUUUCUUCGGUUUCAAUUCUGUUUUAAUUCUGAUACUGUACUUCAAUUCUUAAGGUAAAGUUUCGUUGCGAUUCAUUGCGUAUCAACUCGAUUCAAGAAGAGAGUUUUUAGGGGAUUCUCUUGCGGCUGUGAUUUUAGAUGUAUAAGUUUUAGUUUAAACUGAUUUUUAUGGUGGAACUUCCUUGAGCUUGGUGAUCUUACGUUCUCGAAAAUUUUAUCAACUUCACUUUUUGUACUCCCAUUGAGUACCGUAACUUUUAGACUCUCUGGCUGCUUUGAUCCCCUCCCCCCUUUGAAUACCAUAACGUAUUUUAACUUGCUCGUCUGGGCAAGAACUACUCGACACUUUAAUUUAUUUGACAACACCGUAAAGGGAUUAAUUUAGGUACGGGAAAAGUUGAUUAGCUCGAUGUUUACAUUAUUUAUUUGUUGUUGAAUGCUUUCCAGAUUCAGGUUUUGGUACCAAUUCUUGAACUGAAUUGAGAGCUGGUUUACGAACGCUAGCGAUUUCUGAAAGACCAGAUACAUGUUACGAUUUAUAGGAGUGCUUUUAGUUUAGAGUUCAAAUUUCACGCUGAAAUUUGAAUUGAAAAUUUUUGUUGUCGAUAAUGAGAAUCGUUUGCAAAGUAAUUUUUCACCUAGACUCCAUGGCGUCUCCAAUGGUUAGUUUUUUUUUAUUUCACUCUCUAAUUUUGCGCGAUGUAAAUUCAUGAAAAACCUGAAUUCUUUCAUGCCUUUGUCUUUAACUUUUAUCUACAAAGAAUGUCAAAUAAAAGCAUAGCGUGCAGAUGCUUGAGUCGUCCUAAAAAGAAUGCAACUCCCGGUCGUACAUGUUCCCAGUACAAAAUGUAUAUUCCUAAUUUAUGACGUAAGCUUUACGUUAAUAUCGCUCUCUCGCAGUAAUUACCUAUGCAUACAGUACACCGGCCCAUCGAGCGUCACGUGAAUACUUGUCAAUUUUAUAGUUUAAUGAAUUACUUCGAUUAUGAAUGAAUUGCUUUCUACCAGAUGCUCCUAAGUCGUCCGCUCUCGACUGCUAUCCGUCCAUUGUGGAGCGAAACAUUUUUCUGACCGAUAUAAUGCAUGAAUUGAUUCAGCGUGUCAUAAACGCCUCUGAUCUCUCAUAGGGCCACAUCAGGCCUACAUUUCAGCGCCGACAUCAUUAUGUUAUGUUAUGAAUGUGACGCUCAAUGGUUACCGAAAUUCGCGCUAGCCGCGACUCUAUAAAUUUAUCAGUUUAAUUCAACAAAACGCCAGAAACAAUCCAGAUGCAGCUGAUAUGUACCGUACGCACCAGCAUUUCUAUAUAUAUACCAUCUCACAGCAUUUUUAGAGCAUUUGUUUCGUGAAGCGUAUCAAGAUAGUUUCUUUUUCAUAUGCGGAAAACUUUCCUGUUUUGCUUCAUUUCCAAUUACCUGAUAUCUCAUUCCAAUUAUCUGAUAUAUUCAUUUCCAAUCGUGGAUAUCUCGAUGUUCUAUGUUAACCCACUACUGAGCGCUUAAAACUGGAUACAGAUGUGAGUAGCCUAUGGAAGUGAGAUAAAUAUUCCACCCACCUGCGGAAGCGUUUAUUAUUAUUAUUAUUUUUAUAGCUGCUUACUCAUCUUGGUUGAGGCCGAGAAUAAUCAAUGGCUAAUCGCGUUCAUAAAUAACUUGAUGGAGUGGUGCUAAUUUUGUUCACACCUAAAAUACAAGUGUAUGGGCUGAACUAAUUCUUUUGAUCACUUUUCUGAACGUACGGACUAUCAAAUGAUAUAGUAUAUUUGUUGUGCCUGCCUGAUCAUAAAUAUAGAAGCGCCCGAAGUGGUUAGAAGUGGUUUGUGCGUUUUCAUUGAAUAUUUUUAGAAAUUUCAAUUCCCACACUUAGCUGGGUUGCCGGCGUUUUGUUUGAUUUGACGCACAUGCAUUUACGCACAUUUUCAGAGUUUCUUCUUAACUGAUACUUUUUCACAGUCACCUUCCUCAUUUUUGCAUGUUCACUUCGUUCAUUUCACUUCAGGUAUGGAUAUUAUAUCUUUCUAUUGCGUUUAAUGAUUUUUUCUUGAUGUACGAGAGCAUUGGUCUUUGGUUGGCAUUUAUAUGUACUGUCGCAUCGACUUUUUGCAUUAUUCAUUCAUAUUAAGGAUCUGUUGUAACUCUUUAAAAUAAUGUGUCUUUGAUUAUUUUUGUGCAAAAGUUAUUAGCUCCAGUGUUAUAUUAAACGGCUAUUCUUUGUUGCUCCUUACAAGACUGAAGUUCAUUAGGUCUCUGAUUUAUAGUUUAAUUCUGCGCUCCUAAUGUUAUUUUCUUUUCAUUCAUUACAAACCCAUUUGGACAAUUAUUGCGGCGAAUAUUCAUUAAGUUGUGUGCUGCCUAAAUAUGCCUCCAAAUAAGCUACUCGUCUGCUAUGAAUAAUGUUAAAGUGGGAACAAUUCAGUGAUUUUACGUAGGUUUCCGUUGUAGUCUCUAAGUUUUUGCAACUCUUUACAGAAUAUGUACGGAGCAAAUGUACAACAACUUUUGGUGAAGAUUUGAGUACAUGUUUCUGUAGUUGUCGUGUACACUCCUAGA